AUUACUAGGAUUGGAUGGCACGAGUGAUGCAAUCCCUGUAUCCUCCGAAGCCCUAACCGGGUCGCAGAGAAUCUGGCCGGAGAUUUUGCCUCACUGAGUUUCAUUUAUGACAAUUACUAUACCUUAACCGAGCGAGCACACUUUUAACAAGUGCCUCUUCGAUAGGAUUGUUUUUCUCCACGCCCGUGGAGUAGGACCUAAACAUCAUCUAAAUCAAUGGAAGGAGCAUGAAAUCCUAAUGCCAAUUGUUGAACGAGAUUCUCAGUGAUGCAAGUCAACCAGUCACAGGCUAUUACGAGCAUUUAUUUACGCAUAUUUUAUCGUGAUUUUAGUAAAGCACUGAUUUGGUUUCUUUCAUUUGUUGCAGUGCUUUGCAUGUUGUGAAGCACGACCUUUGCUUUGAGGUGCACCCUGGAGAAUUGCGUAUCAUUUAUUUUCGCGUGUCGUUUUAAACUGAAACCCUCGGUUGCAUCCUAGAUAUCAGAUACUUGAUCAGUUUUACAAUCGUCUUGGAUUUCUUUAUUUAUUUUUUGCCGUGCAGAAUCUACAGGGGAUAAUUUACUGUCGCAUCCCUUUUCAUCUUCACCAUGAAUUACCUGCGACGUCGACUAUCGGACAGUAAUUUCAUGUCCAACUUGCCCAAUGGCUACAUGAGCGAUUUACAGCGGCCCGAUCCGCAGCAGAGCCCAGCCCCUGUUCUUUCGCCGGGCUCUCAAGAGAGGCGUCAACCCCCCAGCCAGUCUUCCGGCGCCGGCUUUUUUUCCUCCAUUUCCAACGCCGUCAAACAGACCACCGCCGCCGCUGCUGCUACCUUUAACGAGGCCACCGAGAGAGGAAUCGGCUCGAGCAAUGCCAAGAUCCUCCUGGUCAUUGAUGAUCAGCAGACAGACUGGGCAAAGGUGUUUAAAGGCAAGAAGGUUCAUGGUGAAUUUGACAUUAAAGUAGAACAGGCUGAAUUCUCUGAGGUUAAUCUGGUGGCUCACGCAACAGGAAGCUAUAGCGUGGACAUUGAGGCCAUCCGCAAUGGGAACAAAAUCACAAAGUGUUUCAAGCCAGAUUUUGUGCUGGUGCGACAGCAUGCUUUUAGCAUGGCCAAGAAUGGCGACCACAGGAACAUUGUGAUUGGACUUCAGUAUGCUGGUCUGCCCAGUGUCAAUUCCAUUCACUCUGUCUACAACUUCUGUGACAAACCAUGGGUGUUUGGUCAGUUGUCCAGAUUGUACAAGCAGUUGGGUCCAGAGGAGUUCCCACUGAUCGACCAGGUUUAUUACCCAAACCACAAGGAGAUGAUCACUACACCUGGCUUUCCUGUGGUAGUGAAGAUGGGUCAUGCUCACUCUGGCAUGGGAAAGGUCAAAGUGGACAAUCAAUAUGACUUCCAAGACAUAGCUAGUGUUGUAGCUUUGACAAAGACGUAUGCCACAUCUGAACCUUUUAUUGACGCCAAGUAUGACAUCCGAAUCCAGAAAAUCGGUGACAAUUACAAGGCCUACAUGAGGACAUCUAUAUCUGGCAACUGGAAGACCAACACAGGAUCAGCCAUGUUAGAGCAGGUGGCCAUGUCUGACAGGUAUCGUAUGUGGGUGGACGUAUGCUCUGAGGUUUUCGGGGGUCUUGAUAUAUGCGCUGUAGAGGCAUUGCAUGGUAAAGAUGGUCGGGAUUACAUCAUAGAGGUGGUGGGCUGCUCAAUGCCUCUCAUAGGAGACCAGCAGGAUGAGGACCGAGCUCUCAUAGCUGAUCUUGUUGUGGCUAAAAUGAACCGGACUGUGCCAUACACUUCAGCUCCCACUCCAGUCCGUUCUCAGGGCCCAGCUGUUUCACCUCAAUCCAUCUCUCAGUCUAGUGUCCCCCAGGUGCAACAGCGCCCUCCUCCACAGGGAGGUCCACAACAAGCAGAUGCUAGCACUACUGCUGCCCGCCAAGGAGCCCCACCACAGCAGCGCCCAUCUCCCCAGGGCCAGCCCCCUGCCCAAACCCAGUCUGUGACCAGUCCUACUGCUCAGAACCCUCCUACCCAACAAACCCGGCCAAAUCAACCCCCACAGCGACAAGCCAGUCAAGGGGCUUCAGGUCAGCAGAGGCCCACUACGGCACAGGGUCCUGCCCAGCGUGGCCCGGGUGGCUCUCCUCAGUCACAGAGGCCCCAGCAAGGUGGUCCCCAACAGCAACCACAAAGGCCUAAAACUGGUGGCCAGGGUCCCAAACCAGCUGGUCAGCCUCAGCAGAGGCCUCAGCAGCCAAGACAAGGCCAGCCAACCAGGCAGCCAUCCCAGGGUGGAUCACAGCCAACCCAGGACGUCCCUCAACCACCCCUGCAAACGCAGAGCAGUCCUCUCCCUCCUACCACUCAGCAACCACGGCCAACUGCAAAGAGCCAGGGAGGUCUAGGAGGCCCAGGAGGUGCACGACCUCCUUUGCAGCAGAAACCUACACCUCCUCAGAAGCCAAGUCCUGAUCACCCGGCUCUGAGAGGAUCACCACAGCUUAACAAAUCCCAGUCUCUUACCAAUACAUUCAACAUUCCAGAAACGCCGGCCGCCCAGCACCAAAGUCCUAGUCAGGAUGAAGCCAAGGCUGAGACCAUCCGCAACCUUCGGAAAUCCUUUGCAAGCCUCUUCUCCGUGGAAUAAACACACACACAGACACAGAAACACAUACACAGACAGAGAGGUUAUGCAUUUCUAAAAAACAUACAAACACAUACAAUUGUCAGUUAUACACAGGAAGGACCAAUUAUAUCGCACAUUGCAGUGCACUUCAGAUCUGUGCACAUCAAUUUGCAAUGCGACAUAAAUGAAACACUGCCUGCACUGAAUUCAUUAGACACAUUCCCAGUUUUUUUAGGCCAACUGAUGGAGGGAGGUGUGAAAAUAAAAUACCACACACAGAAAUACUCGCAUGCACCAUUUUACACUACCUACACAGUGACUGGACCUGCAUACACUUAGCACACGUGCUUUGCCUAGUCAUUCCAGUCUCCUAUUAUUAGCUAAUAAUCCUAGAUUGUUUUUGGAAAUGAAAAGUUUUGGUGGACGUUUUGCUGUAAAACCAUCCACCGCCACGCUCACUCAGAUAUAUGAUAUCUGAAGUAUGUCUGCUAAUUUUCUGAAGCAUGUUCUUUUA